UUAGAUCAACACAACCAGGCUAUAUCAUAAUGCAGUUCAACUACCGUUAUGGGGCAGUCUCAUAGGUCCCGCAAUUAAACAAGUCUGUCAUCCAGUUUUCGCACAUUACCUUCUGCAGUUGAGUUAAGGUUGAUUAGGAAAACUAUACUUGCUCAUUUAAUUAGCGCAAGAUAAUAGACGAAUUCUAAAAAAGCUCGAGUUACCUACUAAACUUAUCACAUGGCUUACGUGUACGCCUUUUGCAUCCACCUAUACUCACUUGGAGUCGUAAUAACAAGUAAGACCACUGCACAAAAAAAGCUUGCAUGACCCUUCUACCUUUGUCACUAUAUAUUAUUCUGGGGCGGGUUACAGUAAAUGUCUCCUCAUAUUCACGUGACUAUCAUCGAUAGUCGAGACUUGGAAAAUGUUUCACCGAUUCUUGAACGAUAUUUUGUAUAACUAGACGAUAUCGUAUCAAAAUGUUUCAAAUCAUCCACAAAUAAUCAUUCUGAAUAUCAAAAUCAUUAUUUUCCCUCUCCUGUAAUUCACUUCCUUAUUGCUGUUUCAUCAACGAAAGAUUCGCCACUUUAAAAAAGUCUUUUGGAUUUCAACAAAUAAAGUGUAGUCUAUGCUGGCAAUUCGUUAACAGUACGACGCGAACUGUACUUCACCAAUUUUCGUGAGUGCUAAUCAGCUAAAAAUACUCUGAAAUCAGUCUGAUUCACAAAAGCAGACGACCAAUAAUGAGACCUGGUUUUUGUGGCUGAUCUUCUUAGCAAGACACUCCUGAUGGUCUUCAUUGUUCUUUAUUUUAGUUAAUAAUUAAUUGUUUUGCCUUAUAGGAUUUAUUUAAUGAGUAAUGGCAAUAUGUGACCCAAGAGAGGAGGAAGCUCAAGUGCUAAGAUCAAUUUUCGAUGAAGAAGAAUUGACGAUAUCAGACGAUUAUAAUUUGGAAUACAAGGUAGGUGAGGCGGGAACGAUUUCUUCAUUCAUUGUACAAGUUUACUGGCCUGAAGGAUAUCCUGACGUUUUACCUUGUAUCUCUAUGGAUUCUUUUUAUAAUCAUCAUAUCCCUUUAAAUGUUAAAGAGAAAAUAACUGAAGAAUUAGUGUCUGUUGCUAAAGACCAACUUGGCUCAGCUCUAACAUUUAAUUUAAUUGAGUACCUAAAGGAAAACUAUGAGCGAUUUACUAAAUCUUUUGCAGUUGAUAAAGUAGAUACAUCACAAAACAAUUUGUUCCCGAGUGAAACACCGUCGGUUUAUCGCAAACAAAAUAAACUACCUCAAUUAUCUAAAAAUCAAAAAAGGAAGCACCUAGAUAGACUAGGACAAGGUGGAGAGUUACCUAGAGGUUGGAACUGGAUUAGUGUUAUAAAACACCUUCAACAAACUGGAUCGGCGUCAUAG